AUGCGGAUUGAGGUGUAUCCGAGAUAUACAAUAUAUCUGCAGUUUCAUGAGUUCUUCGCCAUAGAUCUGGUUCAUGGCUUCUAUCAGGUAUGACAUUUCUUUUUUUGUUCUGAUUUUAGGUAUCUACGAUAAAAGCGGUUGAUUAUAGGUAAAGCUGAUAUAUGAUAUACAUUUUACUAAUGGCUAGUACAAAAGUCUUGUCGUCAAUUUACAUGGGUUUUCAUGUUGAAAAACGACAAAACUUUUUUGAGGAUCUAAAAUAUUGUUUUAUAGUUAAAUUUUUUUUUCUAUCUUUUCUAUUGUUAAUUUAUCUUAUCUUUCGUUUUUUUUUCUUAUUCUUAGUGGAACUAUACUACUAGGAAAAAAUUAUGAUACCUAAAAGCUAUGUUAUUCAUGCUUUGUUGCCCAUUUUCUAACAAAGCCUUUAUUAAUACCUAAUCUACUUAAUUCCUAACUUUAAGGUAUGUUUUCGCCUCCGUUCUGACUUAGAAUACGAGUUUGAUGAAGCCGACAAGGAGAACAACAAGACCUACGAUCAGCACGGCGUGUCACGCUACGUGAAGGUGGCAUUUAAUGAGCAGAAUGUUGAGUUAAAGAGCUCUUUUUGUAUCAGGAUCAAGGGGAAGAAGAGAUUCGAGAAGUGUGAUGCUUUUUUUGUGAACUUGCAGGUAAGAAAUGACUUUUUUGGGGGGUGGAUAAUGUGGUAUUAUUUGAUUUUAGGGGUGGAGAUUGAGGGCUUUGAAGGGUUUUUGGGCUAAAAAUAGUGUUUUCAUGUGAUUUUAGGUCUAUAUCUUUAAUGUUUUUAAGGAUUCUAAUGUAGAUAUUGAGAUAUAAGUUGUGUUAUAGGUAUACCUAUUGGUAGAUAUCAACUUUUCAUAUUAAUUUUUAUCACCAAUCUUAUUAUAGGUCGAGUUAUGGUACGCAGAUCCAGAGCAGAAGCCCCAUCGGAAUAGUUUUCAGUUCAUGUCGAAGCGACAAGUCAGUGUACGUCUGAAUGCCAACAAAUCCACACAUUGUCAUAGGGCGGUGUUCUUCGAGUAUUUUAGCUUUUCGGCGGUUUCAAUGACUAUCCAUGCCGUAGUAACUGGUCUGGAAGCUGUUUUGACCAAGAAUACUCCUCAACCGGUAAAAUUUUUGUUUUUUUGUUGGUUUUUAGGUAUCAAUUUGAGAUGAGAAUAGUAGCUAUCACAUAAGAAGGAUGAAUUUGAGCUGGGCGUAGAGGGAAGAGUAGAAAAAUAUUAUUAAAAAUUUUCUAUGGCUCAUUACUUUUUGAACACUUUAAUAAUGUUCUAUGGACUGACGUUAUCUUAAUGUUCUGUAGACUGUAAAAACGUUAUAUUGAUGUUCUUUAGGCAGUAAUGACCGACAAACUAAGAAGAUAUCAUCGACAAGUCUGCAUGAAUCUACUUGACUGUACUUUGUCACUACAGACCUUUAUCAAAACAUACGAAGCGUUACUUUCUUCUCCGAUUUCUAUGGGUAUGUCACUAUGUUGGCAGGUCAUUAAAUAAAUUUUUUUUAUUAAAAAAGUGCUUUUAAUGUAAAUACUUGAUGCUUUAAAGCUUUCUUGUUUAAAUUUUUUUGAAUUUUGAAAAAAAAAUUUUUUUUGAAAUUUUGUUUUUUACAAAAAUUUUUUAUUUUUCGAAUUUCAGGCGCAAUUGACACAGAAAAAGAGCUAGAACAACUAAAUGCCAAAAUGGCCACAUCGACCGCCCCAUGGAACACAUUCACAGUCAAUGUCAAGUUCCUAACCCAACGUCUCAACCGUAUCUUCGAACAACUGAUCCAGCUCUUCGGAGAAUGUCGCAAACUUCACAUCGAAAUGCUGGAGAAGUCGGACCAACAACGAAUGAAACGCUUCGCCGAAGGCUUCUACUUCAUCGAAGAAGCCGUCCAUUCCCUACUCGAUUUCGAACUCAACACAGCACAUCGUAUCUUCGACUUGGUACGGAAAGACGGCUACCUCACUCAACUACCCACCGUGCCGGUCACGGUGGACGGAACGGACGUGGAAGGCCAAAAUGUAACUCUAAUUGUGGAGCGACGAUACCUACCUCAAGGUGCCACACAAUUCUCGCGUGCGAUCCCAAUAGGUAUCCACUCGACCAGUUGUCUACCAGCCCUGGCAGAAGGAAAAGGCUCACAAUCGGCCAGAGAUCCGCCCAAACCGACAAAAAAAAUAAGGUCGAGGAAUGCAUCGAUGGAGAAACUGAAUCUUGUGGGCUUCUGCUUCCCAGUCACACGACAAAAACCGACAGAUGAUGAUGAAGCUUACGGUGCGGCGUUAAAGAUACCUAAUGAUCGGCUAGCGAAGAGAAGGAUGACCGAUCCUGGAGAGAUUCAUCAGCUUUUGAGGCAUGAUGAUCAUAUGGAUCAGAUUGCUCAGGAUUAUACGACAAAGACACUGAAGAGCUAUUCUGUGGCCGAGAUUCGGCCGAAUACGGUGAGGAUUUUUUUUGGUUGAAUACAGUGAAGAAAAUUUGAAUUUUUGGCCGAAUACUGUAAGAAACUUAGAGUUUUUGGUCAAAUACAUUAAGAAAAUUUGAAUUUUUUGUCAAUUACAGUAACAAAAUUAGGAUUUAUUGGCUGAAAAGUAAGAAAACUUAAACUUUUGACCUCGUACUGUAAGAAAAUUUGAGUUUUUUGCCGAUUACAGAAAGAAAAGUGGUUGAUUGUACUCAUUUUUACACUCACUUCAAACCCACUUUCCAGGCCAACGAAGGCACCACCUUCCCCUCAACCUCAAACUCCUCAUCCGACAGUCUAGCCAAAACUGCUCGAGGCGAGAUCCACGAAUCCGUCCAAAUGCGCCUUCUGGACAAGGAGCGAAUCUACUUCAUGGAAGCGAAAGAAUGUUUCAAACAACGUCUACAUCACUUCGGCUUCAGUGGCAACCUCUACAGCGAUCAGAACUACUUCACAGAUCACAAGGCCUACUUCAGUGACAACUUCAGCAAAGCCGUGGAACAACGAAGCUUCGAGAACCUCCAUCUGGUCGUGCUGGUUCACGGCCUCGAAGGCACCUCGGAGGACCUCACCACCUACAAGAAUUACCUUCAAAUCGCUCUGCCUUCCCAGAAUAUGACAUUUCUAUUGUCGGAGGUGAAUCAAACCGAAACCUGGAGUGAUUUGAACAAAAUGGGCGCGAAUCUACUCACUGAGAUAUCAAAUUAUGUGGAGAGAUUACCACGCCUUCCGGAGAAAAUAUCGUAAGGUUUUGUUUGUGAACGAAUAAUGGCAAGAAAUUUCUUUAAAAAACAAAAAAUAGCAUGAACUUUCUUUACAAAACAAAAAAUGGCAAGAAAUUUCUUUACAAAACAAAAAAUAGCAAGAACUUUCUUUACAAAACAAAAAAUGGCAAGAACUUUGUUUACAAAGCGAAAAAUGGCAAAAACUUUCUUUACAAAACAAAAAAUGGCAAGAACUUUCUUUACGAAACAAAAAAUGGCGAAAACUUUUUUUACAUAAUAAAAAAUGGCAAGAACUUUCUUUACAAAAAGAAAAAUGUCAAGAAUUUUUUUUACAAUAUAAAAAAUAGCAAGAACUUUCUUUCCAAAACAGAAAAUGGCAAAAAAUUUCUUUACAAACCAUAAAAUGGCAAGAACUUUCUUUACAAAACGAAAAAUGACAAGAACUUUCUUUACACAUUAUAAAAUUGAAAGAACUGUCUUUAUAAUACUAAAUUUUUUUAUUUUACGUCUAACCCUACAAUCAUGUUGAUUCCAGAUUGAUAGCUCAUUCGAUGGGUGGGUUGAUCGUGAGAGCGAUGUGUGGUCUACCGGAAAUGCAAAGAUACGAAAGUCGACUACACACCUUACUAACGUUGAACUCACCUCACUGCGGAUUACUGUAUAAUCAGCGGGCGGCCAGUUUGGGUAUGUUUUCAGUAUUCAAUUCUUUUGGGGCGAAUUUUUAUAUAUUUUUGAGGCGGGGUAAUUUUUUUAAAAGGGAGAGGGACUUUUAUUUUGCUUUGGAGGGCAGGGUAAAAUUCUUAUAUUGGACAGGGGGUGGAUUUUUAUUUUUUUUUCGGCGGGAUGGAUUUUUAUUUUUUGGGCGGGGUGGAUCUUGUUUUAUAUGGACGAUGUUAGUAUUUUAAUUUUUUGAGAGCGGUAUUUGUGUUUUUAAAGGGCGGGGUAAAUUUUAAACUUUUUAAGCGGGGCAGAUUUUUUGACAAAAAUUUUUUUUGGAAGGGGUAGAUUUUUUGACCGGUAGAAGUUCCAAAUUUUUUCAGCAUUUUCUGUUUUACAAUAUGAACUUGCCAACCAUAAAAACAUAAAAUAUAACGUUUUUCACUUCAGGCGUCUCCCUUUUACAAUGGUGGAAACAGUCCGUCUCCCUGGAGCAACUCACAAUGCGCGACGCCCGCAACCUCAAAGACACAUUCCUCUAUCAACUCGGUCAAAACAAAGCUUUCGGCAUGUUCAAGUAUGUCUUACUGGUCGGAUCCUACCUCGACCUCUACGUACCACUACACUCUGCUCUGGUGGAGAACUGCAAGGCGGCGGCGGUGGAUUCGUCACAUCAAGGCAACGCCUUCAGCGAAAUGAUCGGCCAUAUCAAUGAGAGUGUGAUCGAGUCCAAAAAGCACACGGUCAUGAUUAAGUACACGGUCUCUCAUAGUCUGGCCAAUGUUUCCAAGGCUCAGCAAAUGACUGGACGGCCAAGUAAGGGAUUUUUGGCUUGGCGGGGGAUUUUUUUAAAAAAACGGUAGUGGUGGAGGUCCCUACAUCAGUAGUGAUGGUAGUAGGAUUGGAGGUAGGAGGUGGGGGUAUGGGUGAAGAUAUGGUUAGGAGCCGUCGCGGGGGUGGUGGUAGGGGUAGCACUGGAGGUAGGAGUAGGAAUGAAGGUAGGAGUAGGGGUGCAGAUAGGGGGGGGAGUUAGGUCAAAAAAAUUUUUAACCAGGACAGAGGUACAUAUUUAAAAAAAAUGUUUUUAAGUUUUUUUUCUGUUAUCCCUGCCCCCCCCCUCCUUUCUCCGAUAAAAAUUACCCCGCCUAACGGGGAGGAUCUUUGAAUUUUUAAUGUCAAUUUUAAUAUGAAUAACGAUUUUAAAAAACUCGUUUUCAGUGCACAUCGCCGUCGUGGACGAUGACACAUUCGUGGAGAAGCUGGUGAUGAUAUCCGCAUCGAACUACUUUAAGUAA